GUGGAUUCAUUCAUUCAUCCAUUCAAUCGAUCGUCCAUUGCCCGUCAAAUCCCAAUAUAUAUACAGACAAAGAAAUCAAUGCAUGCGCACGUUCUGCACAGGCCGACAGCAGAUGCUACACUUACACACGGCGGGGAUCUGUCGAGGUGCGUCUAGGCAUCAUCGGGAGGGUUUAUGCCCUUGGAGUGCUGUCGGCAAGCCGGGGUCAGGGUGGAGAGUGUCGCCGCGCAGCGACAGGACGAUGCCUCCAACAGACAGAGCCACACGAUGGCUGCACACCGCAAGACAACACAGCCAUUCUGCGCCUUUGCCUCGCUCAUUCCCUGCAGCAGUGCACUGACCGGACGGUGUCUGUCUUGUUUUCGUCUGUGUGGAAGGGCAGGAUGGCCGUCACCUUGCCGUCCAAUCCGUUGUACUGCAUACACACGCGCCGCCAUCGAAACCUAACAGGGAGGGAUGGACGUGUGUCAACAUUUUUACCUCGGGGCGGUUGACCAGGCCAGACACCCACACGUUGCUGCCCUCGGCGAAUACACACGGCUUCUGGGGCUUGACUGACCUACACGCAGACACACACACACACACACACACAUCCCUCCCUCCCUCCCACGUCUGUCAGCACCUGCAGCGCAGCCCCCCACCUGAUCUCUUCGCCCGUCAUCUGCUUGAGACUUUCCGCACAGGCAGUGAUCUUGGCCUCGUUCUGCCGCAGCUGUGCCCGCAGGCGCUCCGCCUCCCCAUCCCAUCUGAAAGCCUCGAGGCUGGCCGCGUCAGCCGUCUUGGGGAAACGCUCGGCGAUCGCCCGGCGAGCUAUGGCAGUGGCCAUGUGGCACCCCAUGAUGGUCAGCUCGGUAUCGGCGGCACCAUAAGGGCUGCCGGCAGUGUCCAUGUCACGAAGCGCGGCGAAGUAGUAGUAGCUGGCCUUCCAUGUCGCAGCGGUGCCGUCGGCCUCCGUGACACCCACAUCGCGCAGCGGGCCGCCAGGCUGGUCGGGCAGCAGCGGGGAGGUGACGGGCUUGCGAAUGCGCUCGAUGAGGUCACACUCCUGAUCAACCGAAGAACGGACAGUCUCUCUCUGUCUCUCUGUGUGUGUGUGCGUGUCCAUUCCCCAACACAAACGCACACGUACCUGUCGGCACGAUGGACAUGGAAGUCGUGUUCCGGAAGGGAAGCUGCCAGCCUCAGAGGCGAGAGUAUUGCCCUGAAUGACGGACAGUAUCUCGCACACCUCACGCUUCACACACUGCACACACACAACACAACACAACACACAGCACAGGACAGCCGACCGAAACAGCAUGCCCUGUCAGCCCACAAAGCCCAUCUCUUUCCUCUCGGACCUACCGCAAGCAGAGGUAGUGGUUGCACGUCAGCCGAACGAUGUCGGUCUUCUCGGCGAGGCUUUCGCGGCAGAUGGAGCAGUCGUCACUCGGGAUGGCGUACGCCUUGGGAAGAGUGAAUGCAGUCGCGGCAGCUGACGGGGAAGCACGACCUGCAUGGCAGGCAUCAGUCAACACAUGCAGCGGUGUGCAAAUGCAUCUCUGUGUGUCGUCUAGUGUCGUCGGCGCAAUGUUCUCCACCUCUCUUGUUCUGGAUAGACUUUAGAAUCGCCAGAUAGUCCAUGGCGACUCUCCG